UGGACGGCUCUUUCCGGACACUGGAUGCGUGGUGGGUGGACAGGAGGCGGCCCUGGAGGCGACUGGACUCUCCCUCUGCUGCCUCACGCAUUUCUUGAACUCAGCCCUGGGCCCAACUGGCGGGCACUGUACUGGGCUUCCCGUCUGCGCCUGCGCUCGGCCCGCCCGUCGCCGCCAUCUUGGAGGUAUGAAGAACAGUGAUCAGCAUGCAGCUAUAAACUGAGGCAAUAUUUCAUAUUGGACACCUACCUGGACACAUGAGUUUUAGCAUGAAGAAGGGAAGAGGAAGGACAAGCCGGAUCAGAAGACGGAAACGCUGCCUGAAUCCCGGCUCUGGAGGAGUGACCGAGAGCCACAAGCCGGAAUUUGUAGCGCUGAAGAAGUGGUUGAGAGAUAGGAAGUUUGAAGACACAAACUUAAUUCCGGCUCAUUUUCCAGGUACAGGCCGAGGGCUGAUGACCAAAACCUCGCUGCAGGAGGGGCAGAUGGUGAUUUCGUUGCCUGAGAGCUGCCUGCUUACCACGGACACGGUGAUGAGAAGCUCCAUAGGGGCCCACCUCGCCAAGUGGCAGCCGCCUCCAUCUCCUCUCCUGGCUCUGUGCACCUUUUUAGUUGCAGAAAGGCACGCUGGGGCCCGCUCCCUCUGGAAGCCUUACCUGGACGUUUUGCCAAAGGCCUACACCUGCCCGGUGUGCUGGGAGCCGGAAGCGGUGGCCCUUCUUCCCGCGCCUCUGAGAGCCCAGGCGGAAGAGCAGCGAGCCCGCGUGUGGCGGCUCUUUACUUCCUCCAGACGCCUGUUCUCUUCGCUGCAGCCCCUGUUUGCAGAGGCGGUGGAAAGCAUCUUCAGCUACCGCGCCCUGCGGUGGGCCUGGUGCACGGUCAACACGCGAGCCGUGUACAUGACGCACAGGCAGAGGCCCGGCUGUUCGGCAGAGCCAGACACCUGCGCGCUCGCCCCGUACCUGGAUCUGCUGAACCACAGCCCGCACGCGCAGGUCAAAGCGGCGUUUAACGAGGAAACGCGCCGCUAUGAAGUCAGGACGGGCGCCCGCUGGGGGCGGCAUGCGCAGGUCUUCAUCUGCUACGGCCCCCACGACAGCCAGCGGCUGCUCCUGGAGUACGGCUUUGUCUGCAGCCCCAACCCUCACGCCUGCGUCUAUGUCACGGAAGAUGUCCUUCGUAGGUAUCUUCCGUCAAAAGAGAAACAGAUGAGCAAAAAGCUUUCCAUUGUAAAGGAUCAUGACCUUGUAGAAAACCUGACCUUCGGCCGGGAGGGCCCGUCCUGGAGGCUGCUCACCGCUCUGAAGCUGCUGUGUCUGGAGCCCGGAGAAAUUACGAGCUGGAAAAAAGUGCUUCGUGGGGAGAUGAUCUCAGAGACAAACGAGAAGGCGAGCUUGGACGUAGCCCGGGAAAUAUGCCGCUGUCUUGCGGAGGAGGCUGACGCUGCCCUUGAGCAGAUUUCUUACAUGAAAACUGAAGAAGGAGCUUUGGCCAGCCAACUAACUUUGGUGGAAGCGUUGUGGACCGAAGCCCUGCAGAUCCUGCAGGCGUCUGCCGAGGCCCUGAACCGGCUGCCAAGAGCUUCCGCGUGACCUCG